AUGGUAACAUCCAAAAAGUCUAUAACAGACCUAUGUGGCAGUAAGGUGACUUCGGACCAUGCACUAAAUGUAGUGGAGAAGACAAUUCUUGUAAUAUUCUUUUCCUUUAUUAUCAUAAUGACUGUUCUGGGCAACUUGUUGGUUAUGGUGGCCCUCUGCAAAGACAGAAAACUAAGGAAAAAGAAAACAAAUUAUUUUGUUGUAUCGCUAGCAUUUGCUGAUCUUCUUGUUGCCAUAGUAGUGAUGCCAUUUGCAACUAUUGAACUAGUGAAAGGGAACUGGAUAUAUGGUGACACGUUUUGUCUUGUCAGAACCUCCUUGGAUGUCAUGCUAACAACAGCUUCCAUCUUACAUCUGUGUUGCAUAGCACUGGACAGGUACUAUGCUAUUUGCUGUCAGCCAUUAGUGUACAGGAACAAAAUGACACGUUUGCGUGUAAUACUUAUGCUUACUGGCUGCUGGGUGAUUCCAUUUUUCAUUUCAUUCCUUCCCAUCAUGCAAGGAUGGAAUUCCAUUGGGAUUGAUCACAUUAUCCCUCUGAAACUGCAUCAAAAUAAAAUAACAAAUGAAACAAACUGUGUAUUCCUUGUGAAUGGACCAUAUGCUGUUACUUGUUCAUCUAUUGCAUUCUACGUUCCUCUCAUUUUGAUGCUUGUAGCUUACCGCCACAUAUAUGUAACUGCAAGGGAACAUGCUCGUCAGAUUAGGAAGUUGCAUAAAGCUGGAUCUGCAACAGAGACUUACGAGAGCACCUAUCACCAAGGAUCUCACAGACUGAAAAUAGAGACAAAAGCCGCCAAAACAUUAGCUGUUAUCAUGGGGUGCUUUUGUUUAUGUUGGGCACCGUUCUUCAUCACAAAUGUGAUUGAUCCGUUUAUAGACUAUCAGGUACCUUGGCAAAUGUGGACCACUUGGCUCUGGCUUGGAUAUAUCAACUCAGGACUGAACCCUUUUCUUUAUGCAUUUUUGAACAAGGCAUUCAGACAUGCCUUUUUAGUUAUUCUUUAUUGUGGGGACUCAAGAAACAGGGAAUCUGAAAAUGUUAUAUCAUUGCGAACUUACUCCACAUCCACAAAUGGAAGUUCGGCAGCAAUCAGGUAA